AUAAAAAAUAGAGAAGCAGAAAAAAGCGUGUUGAAGCAUCAAACUCCGGUCUGAAGGUACAGCUACGGAUCUCCUCCUUCACUCCCUAUCUUCACUAUCAUUACUUUCAUUUAAAUUCCCAUUUCUCAUUUUCCAUUUUCCCCCAAUUUUCCCUUUCCCCGGACCGCCAUGCCCUCCGCCCUCCUCCUCCUCCUCCUCCUCCUCCUCCUCUCCGCCGCCGCUAAUGCCGCUACUUUCAAAGAGGCCCCCCAAUUUUACAAUUCCCCAAACUGCCCCUCCAUUGCCGACGACUUCCAGGACCCCGAUGAGAACGAACACCAUCUCUGCUUCAGUCGCGCCGUCCACGUGGCGAUGACGUUGGACACCGCCUACAUACGUGGCUCCAUGGCCGCCGUAUUUUCCGUUCUCCAACACACUUCCUGUCCCCAAAACGUAAUUUUCCACUUCGUCUAUUCCGCAUCCGCCAACGCGUCGUAUCUACGCGCCACCGUUUCUCACUCAUUCCCUUACCUGAAAUUCCAACUCUACCCUUUCGAUGACGAGGCCGCCUCGCGAUUGAUCUCCACCUCAAUCCGAUCCGCGUUGGACUGUCCUUUGAACUACGCACGUAGCUACUUAGCUAACAUCCUUCCCACGUGCGUCGUCCGAGUUGUCUACCUUGACUCGGACUUGAUCCUGGUCGACGACAUUGCCAAACUCGCCGCCCACCCACUCGGCGGCGACUCUGUACUUGCCGCGCCGGAGUACUGCAACGCUAAUUUCACCGCCUAUUUCACGCCGUCGUUUUGGUCUAACCCGUCUCUGUCUUUGACGUUUGCGAACCGGAAGGCGUGUUACUUCAACACGGGGGUUAUGGUGAUCGAUCUGGACCGGUGGCGAGCCGGAGACUACACGACCAAGAUUGAAGAAUGGAUGGAAUUGCAAAAGAGGAUGAGAAUCUACGAAUUGGGAUCGUUGCCACCGUUUUUGUUGGUCUUCGGCGGGAGAAUUUCUCCGGUGGACCACCGGUGGAACCAGCACGGGCUCGGCGGCGAUAAUAUCAGAGGACUCUGCAGGGAUCUGCACCCCGGUCCGGUUAGUUUGUUGCACUGGAGUGGGAAAGGUAAACCGUGGGCCCGGUUGGACGCGAACCGGCCCUGUCCAUUGGACGCCCUUUGGGUUCCGUACGAUUUGUUACAGACCCCAUUUUUGAUUGAUUCAUGAACCUCAUAAAUUGAUUGAUUAUUGGUGGAAUCUUUACUAGUUUAUAUUGAAUUUGAUUUUCUUUUCUUUUUUGUAACAAAAGAUGAAUAAUAAGAAAAUAGUGAGAUGACAAUUUGGGAUCAAAUAAUAUAAGAAGAGGGGAAUUUGGGGAGAAGUUCGAGUUCAUUUUUGUACAUAUAUAGAGAGAGAUUGAUUCAAUUUAUUUUUGUAUGAAAUUUGAAUAUCAAUAACCAAUUUUCUGUA